GGGAGAUGGAGAAUGAGGACAGAACAGAGAUCGAACAAGAGCAGGGACCUCCUGGAACUAAGGGAGAGAAAGGUGAACGGGGAGAUCUCCAGUCGACAGCAUCAGUUCAGGCCAUUGCCAGACAGGUCUGUGAACAGCUGAUCCAAAGCCACAUGGCGCGCUACAACAGCAUCCUGAACCACGUGCCGAGUCCUCCGGUGUCAAUCCGCACAGUUCCCGGACCACCAGGAGAGCCUGGUCGAGAAGGACCCCCAGGACCACAGGGAGAACAGGGACCCCCAGGCAGACCAGGCUUCCCAGGACAGAAUGGACAGAAUGGGCAACCAGGAGAAAGAGGACAACCAGGAGAGAAGGGUGAUAAGGGAUCUCCAGGUGUUGGUGUUCAAGGACCCAGAGGACCUCCAGGACCACCUGGUCCCCAGGGACAGGGCAGACCAGGUAGCUCUGGACCCUCAGGACGACCUGGAAAUCCCGGAGUACCCGGUCGGCCCGAGAGCCCCGGUCCCAUCGGCCCCCAGGGGCCUCCGGGUUACUGUGAUCAGAACUCCUGUGUGGGCUACAAUGUUGGAGUCCAACUACCACCCAGCGUCUUCCAGAACUACGGCGAGGUCGAGGAAGACGAUCCGUACCGCUACUACCAGCCCAACUACCCGGCCCCUCGACCAGUGGCACCCGAUGAUCCCGCACUGGCCCUGGGUGACAUUGAGCUGAGGUCUCCUGGCGUCUACCGCACCUCUCGGAGUGUGAAGGAGGAGGAAGAGAAAGUCGGGUCGAAGAGACGACUAAAGAGAGGCGCCGCGUGGACUAACUGAGAGGAGUUGAUUCUGAUUGGGCGGCUCGGAGCUGCUAUGGACUAAUCAACAAGUGCCUGAUGUAAAGGAUUUCUUAUGGACAUUGUAGAGGGACGGGAAGGGAUACCAGUCGGGACUAUUGUAACUCAUCUAUGCUAUGUUAAGAAAACUGUUUCAAAACAAUUUACAUUUUGUUUGUUUUUCAUUUGUCAACAAUAUUGUUUGGAAAUCGUCGGAUCUCAAAGAGGGUUCAUGUUUCACAGGUGAACUGUUCUCACAGACGGUAUAACAAAGGUUCAUGUAGCCACCAAUGAUGUUCCCCGCUGGUUUCUAACGUUUCAUUUGGAAUCCUGUUUGGUUUCCUGAUACUGUUUAAAGAAGCAAUGGUUCAGUCUGAGAAACCAGUGGAAAUGGUCAAAGGGGUCGUGACCUCUCAG